AUGUCACUUUCUAUGUAUUCAGAAACCAUAUAUCGUAUACCGUCUGGUGACUCUGGUCACGAAUCAGACCAUAACUCCACCUUGCAUUUCCGCCCUUAUGAUUUCAAAUAUGAUUCCGAUUCUUCUACAACCAGCGAUGUGGAGCAAAUAAAUAAAGAUGACGAAAUACCCGAGCGUUUAGAUAUUAGAAGAUCAGACUUUAUAAGGUCAACUGUAGCAUUUCAGCUCAAGAAAGAAGGUAUGAAAUCUAUAAAACCAUCGGUGAAAGUUCGAAAUCGAACGCAGGAGAAUGAAUUAGAGUCAAAUAAUUUAAAAAUUGCUUGCCAAAAGGAAAUUGAACCAAAACCACCAAAGAUGGCUAUAUCACAGAUAGAAGUUCCAACUACUCCACCUAUAAAUCCCACCCCUCCAUUACCACCUCCCAAGGACUUCCCUCGCACUGUAUUAUUUGACUUUAAAUCUGGUCCAGUUUCGUCUAACAAACUUUCUGAAUGCGAGUCUACUUUAUCACUUCACAAACCAUUUAUAGAGACAUCCAGUAAGGCAAAUGCAAAAGAUAAAGUCUCCAUACAAAGAAACUAUAGUAGUAAUAGUAGCAGCAACGACUACAUUAGUGAUCGAAAUAGUUACACCAGUGACCAUAAUAGAGAUAUCAAACAGACUCAGGAUACGGCUUAUGUAACUGCGAGUAAAACCUACAAGAGUCAUCGUAAGGCAAACUCUCUUCCAGAGCCUGAUCUUGAUAAUCAUAAGCUGGCUAAGGUGGCGAAAGAACUGGAUAAUGAAAUACUCUUGAGGUCUCAAACUCAAAGACCAAAAUCAUUACCCAAGCCUCAAACUCGAUUCUCUGGCCAAAUCAAAUCACCUCUUGUUCCACCAACUCCUCAAAAUGCAGCUUCUAAUAAAAGUUCGAGUCCCAACUUGAAAAUCAAUGUUACAACCCCACCAAUGCUAAGAAGGAACAUCUGUGAGCUGGUAACAAGGUCACCCAGGCCACCAGAACAGGAUAUUACUUCGCUAGCUAGAACCACCUUUGCAAUACAAUUGAGAAAUGGUGGAGAUCACAAGGAGGCACUGUAUCACCUCAAACUUGCCGCAAGACCUCCAAACAAUUAUCCACAUGCUAUGUAUCUAUAUGCUAUGGCUUUAAGAUCUGGUCUAGGGGUGGAUAUGAACAAAGCCAAAUCGCUCAAAUGGCUUUUACGGUGUAUAUUGGUUUGUGAAAACUCAACCAGUAACGAUUUUGUCUCCAAAUUGGCUAAUUUACACACGAGUGAUAUGCUCCUAGCAAUGAAUCAUACAUUAAAGGCAGAGGAUAGAAUUGAUCCUAAUGUCCUCUAUGAGUAUUAUUCAAAAUUUCUGGUUAGUGAAUUAGCGGAAAUUGUGGAAUCUACCAAGAAAAAUGAAAAGAUUGAAGCAUUGACAUUACAUGAAGUUGGAAAUUGUUUGAUCUAUGGAUGGGGAGUUUCCGCAAAAGAUGAAGAGAGUGGGAUGAUGUAUUUGGAAAAGGCAUCAACAAUGGGAAGUGACAAAUCAAUGGUACAAUUAGGAGAAAUUUGGAAAUCAAAAUCAAAAGCAAAAUAUUAUAAGAAAGAUUUUUUUAAUGCUGCUGCUUGGUUAAGACUUGGAGAAUUGUUUGGCCAAAAAUCAGAGAAGAAUAAGUGGAUUUACAGCCAAAAGUAUAUCGAGAAGAAUUAA